UGCACCAUUUUGUAAGUCGCUCUGGAUAAGAGCGUCUGCUAAAUGACUUAAAUGUAAAUGUAAAUGUAGACAAAUCAACAGAGGCCUUAGAUUACUAUGAUGUCAUAUAUAGAACCUGGACAAAUCAACAGAGGCCUUAGAUUACUAUGAUGUCAUAUAUAGAACCUGGACAAAUCAACAGAGGCCUUAGAUUACUAUGAUGUCAUAUAUAGAACCUGGACAAAUCAACAGAGGCCUUGGAGGCAUUAGAUUACUAUGAUGUCAUAAAGGUCAGUCGUGUAUCAGAGGGAAGUCUUCUCUACAAGCCAUGAAGCUACAUGGAUGAUUCCAAUGGGAGUGCAGCCAAUCCCAGCGGUGUUCAGGGUCAGGUGAUGCCCAUGGAGGAGUGGGGGUGUAGCUCAGGAUGGGGGGUGAGGGUGAAGGGGGAGCAGGGGAAGAGAGAGGACAGGCGGCUGGUGGGGGUGUGUGGUCUGGCUAACAGUGGUAACUCCUGCUACAUGAACGCUGUGCUGCAGUGUCUCUUCUCCACUGUGCCGUUGGUGGAACACCUCCUCAGCUCACACAAAUGCUCCCAGUUGGCCAAGCGUAACAGUCCUGUAGCGGGGGUGUUUGUGCAACUCCUACAGGAGGUGUGGCAGGGUCAGGGGGGUUCCACCUCCCCAGGGGAGGUGAGGGCCUUGGUCUCCUCCCUGCACCCCCAGUUCAACAACCAAUCACAGCAGGACGCCCAGGAGCUACUCCUCCUCCUGCUCAACGCCCUGCAUGACGACCUGAAGAAUAAGGGGGAGAGGCGUCAGACACGUUCUUCCCAGCGGUUGUGUCUGGGCAGGAAGUCGCUCAGUUCGGCGCCAGCAGCGGGGGAUUCUACGGUGGUGACACGUCUCUUCGAGGGACAACUCAGCUACCAGAUGCUGUGUCUGCGCUGCGAUGGACACUCUCACAGCAACCAGGUCUUCACCAUCCUGUCUCUGCCUAUACCACUUGACUCAUACAAGUGCUCCCUACAGGACUGCCUGUCGCUGUUCUUCCAGCAGAGUACGUUGACGUGUGGAGAUCAGAAGUUGUGUCCAGAGUGUGGAGUGAAGAGAGACACAGCUGUCCUCACCAGCAUGGCCAAACCACCUGAGAUCCUGGUGCUGCACCUCAAACGUUUUGGUUGCCAUGGGAGUGAGAAGAGGAAGUUGAGGACCAAUGUGUUGUUCUCAUUGGACAGUUUAGACCUAACCCCCUUCCUGUCCAGCCCCUCAGCCAAUCACACCAGCUACUCUCUCUACGCAGUGGUGAACCACACAGGAGACCUAGACAUGGGUCACUACACGGCCCUGUGCCACAGUACCCUGUCCAGCAGCUGGCACCACUUUGACGACACGGCCGUGAGCGAGGUGGUGGACUUCUUGGUGCAGUCUCCUAACGCCUACAUCCUGCUGUACAGCCGUCAGCCCUUCCACAGGCCCAACAUACCCCAGAUCUGACCCACCACAGGCCCACCAUACCCCAGAUCUGACCC